GGUCACAUAACUCGUGAUUGAAUAUAACGAGAAGACACAACCCCCGGGAAACCCUCAAAAUGUCCUUUAAACCAGCAGCCAAACGCUCACAGCCGGUAAUAGCGUGUGGGAAUUUCAUACUUUCACUAUCAGCGUGGCCGCUUCACCAGUCUAUAUAAGCGAGCUGUGUCUGCUUAAAAACAGACCAUACCAACCAUUCGACAUGUUGUGUCUACUGAUCUUAAUUUUAAGCCUCGUAAACAGAGCUUUUUCAGAUAUUGUAGCUCAAGGAGACACAGCUGUUUACUUCGGACAGGAUGCUUCAUUCUCUUGUGCAUGGUCAGAGGCGUCCGGUGUCAAACAAGUCACCUGGCAGCGGGUGCGUGAUACGGAACCGGUACAAACUCUGGCUACAUUCAGCGACCUCUUCAAGGAGCACGUGGAUGAUCAAUACGUCGGAAAAGUCACUUUCACAGCAGCGUCAGUUAAUUCAACGUCCAUUGAGAUCAAAAACACAACAUUUGAAGACGAGGCUUGCUACAUUUGUUCCUUCAAAGUGUAUCCAUUCCAACCUAAACGACAAACCUUGUGCCUCACUGUUAAAGGUAUAUCAGAAAUAACAGCUUUAGUGAAUCCUGCACCCAGUUCUGAUCCAAAUGUUGUAGUCUCAUGUUCAGUCACUGGUAAACCGGCUCCAACUAUCCUCUGGAAAUCUGCAGGGAAAGAGUUGAACAACUUUUGGUCAAGUAAUUUCACGACUCUCAACAAAGACAGUUCAACCACCAUUACGAGCAACCUCACGCUUCCACUGUCACAGUUUCAUGGGAAGUACGUGGAAUGUGUGGCUCAGAGUGGCGGCAUAGAGAAGAGCGACCAAAUCUAUGUGUCUGAUGAAGAUUAUAAAGUGAACAACGUUACACCAAGAAGUUACAUCGUUACAAUUUCAGUCCUCAUUAUCAUUACUGUUGUGGUUCUUGUCAUUAUUGCCAUCUGUCAUCACACCAGACUAAAGAGAGCUAUUUUUGGGAUAAAAUCUACUUAUGAGGAACCCCUUAAUGCCACAAACGAGGAAUGUUAACUCUGCUGCUACCUCAUAGUAUGGAUUUUUGCUCAUGAUGUUUGUUAAUAUGAACUUUUGGGUUGUAAACUGUGCAUUCCAUGAAGAAAUCAUGAAUUUCUUGUGUAGUAUUUAUUUAAUUUAUUUAUGUUUACUGUGUAGUAUUCCAUUGCAUUAGUACAGUUAAAAUACAUAAUAUUAUUUCCACUAUGGUGGAGUAUUUUGAUCACAGAGAAUUAUUAUAUCAUAGACAGAUGAUAUUUAUUCUGUAAGUUUAGAUUUUUAGCCUCAUGUAUUUGCACUUUGACUCAUUUGAAUGUACUGGCAUGCACUAAAUAAUUUAAAAUUGUGUCUACUUGUGGAGUUGAGUCUGUGAAAGUAAUUUAUAAAUUCAUAAACGCAGGCUCUACACCAGCCUUGAUAUUUUCCCACAAUCCUUGAUGUCACACUUCAGCGGUACAGUACUGUUUUGAGCAAUGACAGUGAUUUGGGGAAGAGAAAAGCAUUAUUACCCAAUACAAACAGAUAAGCUAAAGGGUGAAAAACCUAGUUUUCAGCAGUCUGAAACAAAGUGAAAGUUAUGUCAUUAUUGGUCACAGAAGCUGUUUUAUGGUUUCCUGCAUGAAACUCUAAAGGCUGCACAGAGAGACUACUGCUAUUGUUAGUAUUUGUACUAUUAUUUGUUGUUGACUGCAACAAUCUUAAUAGAGGUACAAGUGUAUCUUGCUAGCAAAAAAGUACUGUAAAGUAAAUCAUAAAAGUAUAAACAAACAUUUAUGUUGUUGAAAAUAUUUCUGUGUGAUGUAUAUGUGUAUGUUAUAGUAUGUGUAUAACCUAAAAUAUGUGAUUGCACUGAAUUAAAUUGUGAAC